AUGUCUCAAGUCGUAGGCAACACUGCUCUAGCGUACGCCAGAGUAUGGCACCACGCCGACGCUUCAGACAGGAUUCUAGGAAAGCUAGCGGAGCGCAUUGCAAUUGUACUCAUGGGCAAACACAAACCAAUUUUUGACCCAAGUGCGGACUGCGGGGACUAUGUUGUUGUGACGAAUGCACGAAAGAUCAAGGUAACAGGGAAUAAGUCACAGCAGCUCGUCUACCGACAUCACACAAUGUUUCCGGGUGGAUUAAAAGAGAUACAGUAUAAGGAUAUGAUGCUUCGAAAACCAGACGAGAUAAUCCGGCAAGCAGUGUCUGGUAUGCUGCCCAAAAACAAGCUGCGUGAACGGAGGUUGCAAAGGCUGCGAAUUUUUGAAGACGACGAUAUGGGUUUAUUCCAGCACAAUAUCCUGAAGCGAUGGGAGGAUGGUACUCUCCGCUAA